ACAUCUGAAAAAAGAAGUUACUUUCACAUUAGCCAAGGGUAGUUUUAUUUUAUUUGCAAGCAUUCUACUGAAAAUUCCAUUUUAAAGGUCAUAAAUAAUGUCUAUAUACACUAAGUAAUAUUUAUCAUCAAAACAAAGAGAUGCAACUACUCAGUGUUUUGUAAAGUCUUUCUCUUGCAUGUGACAAUGUCAAUGAAAUGGUUGUAUAGAGGGAGCAGCUUUGCCCCCAUGGUUCUUCUAGGAUCAGAUUUCACUCCAAAUGACUGCUCCAACAUUGUUUAUGGCAAACUAAUUGUCUAUAUGGCUGUAACUUCUCACUGUUAUACCUAUGUUCUAGAUGACUUGGGGGAAAGAUUAACAUUUAGAACUCUUCUAUCCCAGACAAAAAAAAAGUAGUAAAUUCUGUUUUCCAUCCAUCUGUAAAAUUGCUAAGGUCAAACCAAACCACAAGCAGGUUCAGAUAGGCAGGUCAGCCUUGUGUCUUAGUUACUUUUCUAUUGCUGUUAUAAAACAUAUGAUCAUGGCAACUUAUUCUAAAAAAAAAUGCUUAACUCUAGACUUAUAGUUUCAGAGGGAUAGAGUCCAUGAUGGCACAGCAAACAUUACAUGUAGAAGAAUGGUACGUAUUUUAGAAGACACCUAUCAGGGUCAUCCACAAAUGCUGACUUAAAUACAAGAGACAAUGUUAACAUGUUUUUUCUUGACUUUGAGGUAUUUGCUGCUGUUUUUCUUGGUUUUUUGACAUUCUGCUUGUCUUUCAAAGAAUGAUGUUGAACUCAGUGUCUUCUUUUUCUUUUUCUGUCUAUUUUUCUUUUUUAAAACAAAUAAGUGAACGUUGUUCUACCAAGGAUGGUACAAGGAAAUUCACCAACACUAAAAUUUCUUUUUUUUAAAUAAGAGUAGCACUUGUCCAUGAACUAUACCCGCCUACUCAUAUAAUUUAAAUUAUUCCUGGAUUGCUAAUACCUAAUACCUAGUAACAAUGGAAAGUCGUACAUAUUCAACAUAAAUGAAAUUUGGCGCCUACGUUUUGAUUGUUCUAUUUAAUUUUAUUUUGAAGCUAGAGACUGAACCAGGACUCACACCAUUACUAAGGUACUGCCACAUAAUUCAAUUGUUUUCUCUUAACAGACAUUUAGUUAAUUUCCUUCUGGUUACUUUGCAAAUGUCAACUCAUUAGUUUCUACAACAAAAACCCUUGGAGACAAGACUAUCAGCAUUCUACUUAUAGAUAAGGAGACAAAGGUAUAGAGUUUGUCCAGGUCUAUAGAGAGUGAGUGGUAGAACCACAAUUCAGUGUUCCUAAACAUUGUCCACCUCCUAGAUCACAGUUACGUGUCUCUUCAAGACGUUUCUGUUACUCUUUACCUAUGCACUGUUACAUCUUUAAUUACUAGCUAAUGAAUUCUUAUUCCCUGAAAAGUUCUUAAAAGGAUCAUCUUACAGUGUCAUAUCUUCCAAUAUGCACAUAAAGACAUGUUUGUAUGCAUAUGUGUAUAUGUCUUUUCAGACAGUGUCUCCCUACAUAACUCUCACUAACAUAGAGCUAACUGUGUAGACCAUGCUUACCUUAAACUCUUACGGAUCCCCCUACUUCUGCCUCUCAAGUGUUGGGAUUGAAAGUAUGCACCACCAAACCUUACUGUGUUUUCAAUGUAAAAGCAAGAAUCUAAUAUUACCUUGUCAUAAGUUCUCUAUUAACAAAAAAGUAGUAUGUUUUGUAUUUUUCCUUAUUCGUGUGUGUAUGUGUGUGUAAGUGUAAAAAGUAGUGGAGUAAUAAUUAAAUAAUGAACUCCACCCCAACAAAUAUUUACCAGAGUUGAUGAGGUAAACAUUUGUAACCACUAAGUAAUUGUCUUGAAAUAAAUAUUUUUAUUUAUUUUGGAGCACUUUAUUGUAUCUUUUUUGAGUUGAACAUUCAAAGCACUAAUGAUUUCAUACAGAGAAUGGACUGUGUUUGGAUAUUAUUUCAAACAAACCAACAACACCAGACAUUUUAUAGAAAACCAGGAAAGCUCAAACAGACUGAGAUAUAAGCUAUAUCCAAGAAGUAUUUCUACAUGUGUAUUGUGGUAAUGAUUUGCAGUUAUAUUUUAAAGGCGUUGCUAAUUAUAAAUAACACCUGGAUAUUUAGAGAUAAAUAUAAACUAUGUGAAAUUUGCUUUUGAAUAUUCUAGAUAGACAUAAAAUUUUAGGAGAAAAAUAUUAAAUGAAAAAAUUCACAGAGACACAUGGUGGCGCUGUAGGAUAAGAUGAAAUAGUGCGUAGCCCGCCCUGUAGGUUCCACUAUCCAAAGGACCAAUUCAGUGAGAAGGGAGGUAUUACAGGAGCUUCACCGACAGAGCUGACAAGGGAUUUUCAAUAGAAAUAUCGGAUCUUUGUCUCCCAAAUUUGGGAUUGAAUUUAAAUUUUGGAGUAGAAGAAGUUGCCUGAAGGAACCAUGGGGAACAGAAAGACUCUCAUCCUGCAGAAACGGCAAGUCUUGGUUUUCUUUGUUUUGCUGGGAUUGUCUCAGGCGAGUGCUGAGUCUUUGCGCUAUUCUGUAGCAGAGGAAACAGAAAUUGGCUCUUUUGUGGCUAAUCUGGCAAGGGAUUUAGGGCUGGGGGUUGCGGAGUUGUCCUCCAGGGAAGCCAGGGUAGUGUCAGAUGAUAAUAAAAAGCAUUUACUCCUUAAUUUGCUGACCGGAGAUUUGCUCCUGAGUGAGCGACUGGACCGUGAAGAGCUGUGUGGCUCCACCGAGCCCUGUGUGCUGCCCUUUCAGGUGGUACUGGAAAACCCUUUACAGUUCUAUCGAGCUGAGCUGCAUGUCAGAGACAUAAAUGAUCACGCCCCUACAUUCCUAGACAAGGAAACAACUAUUAAAAUACCAGAAAGCGCUGCUAUCGGAGCCACAUUUUUAAUUGAGAAUGUACAGGAUCUGGACAUAGGAAGCAACAGUCUCCAGGACUACAGCAUUAGCCCCAGUUCUCAUUUCUAUGUUAAAAUUCAUGAGAGUGGUGAUGGAAAGAUAUAUCCAGAGCUGGUACUGGACAGAGCUUUAGAUCAUGAGGAGGAAUCUGAGCUUAGAUUGACACUUACAGCAUUGGAUGGCGGGUCUCCACCCAGGUCUGGGACAACAUUAGUUCUCAUAAAAGUCUUGGACAUCAACGAUAAUGCUCCUGAGUUUGCUCAGAAUUUCUAUGAGGUGCAGAUCCCAGAGGACACACCCGUUGGCUCCAGUAUUAUUACUAUCUCUGCUAAAGAUUUAGAUAUGGGAAAUUAUGGGAAAAUAUCAUAUUCAUUUUUGCAUGCAACAGAAGAUGUUAGAAAAACCUUUGAAAUCAACCCAACAUCUGGGGAAGUCAAUUUGAGAUCACUGCUGGAUUUUGAAGUAAUACAGUCCUAUUCUGUAACUAUCCAAGCAACAGAUGGUGGAGGUCUUUCAGCAAAAUGCACUCUUUCAGUUAAAGUAGUAGAUAUAAAUGACAAUGCACCAGAAGUGAUCAUAUCAUCGGUUACAAAGACAAUUCCAGAGAAUGCUUCAGAGACCCUGAUCACUCUGUUCAGUGUCCGAGAUCAAGACUCUGGAGACAAUGGAAGGAUCCUUUGCUCUAUUCCGGAUGACCUUCCAUUUAUUCUAAAACCCACCUUCAAGAAUUUUUUCACUCUACUUUCUGAAAAAGCACUGGACAGAGAGAGCAAAGCUGAGUACAACAUCACCAUUACUGUCUCUGACCUGGGCACACCCAGGCUCACAACCCAGCACACCAUAACAGUGCAGGUGUCUGACAUCAACGACAACGCCCCCGCCUUCACCCAAACCUCCUACACCAUGUUUGUCCGCGAGAACAACAGCCCCGCCCUGCACAUAGGCACCAUCAGUGCCACAGACUCAGACUCAGGAUCCAAUGCCCACAUCACCUACUCGCUGCUGCCGCCUCGAGACCCACAGCUGGCCCUCGACUCACUCAUCUCCAUCAAUGCAGACAAUGGGCAGCUGUUCGCGCUCAGGGCGCUGGACUAUGAGGCGCUGCAGGCCUUCGAGUUCCGCGUGGGUGCCACAGACCGAGGCUCACCCGCGCUCAGCAGCCAGGCACUGGUGCGCGUGGUGGUGCUGGACGACAAUGACAAUGCGCCCUUCGUGCUCUACCCGCUGCAGAAUGCCUCAGCGCCCUACACAGAGCUGCUGCCCAGGGCGGCAGAGCCUGGAUACCUGGUUACCAAGGUGGUAGCUGUGGACCGCGACUCUGGCCAGAAUGCCUGGCUGUCAUUCCAGCUGCUCAAAGCCACGGAGCCGGGGCUGUUCAGCGUGUGGGCGCACAAUGGCGAGGUACGCACCUCCAGGCUGCUGAGCGAGCGCGAUGCACCCAAGCACAAACUGCUGCUGAUGGUCAAGGACAAUGGAGAUCCUCCGCGCUCUGCCAGUGUUAUGUUGCACGUGCUAGUGGUAGAUGCCUUCUCUCAGCCCUACCUGCCUCUGCCAGAGGUGGCGCACAAUCCUGCACACGACGAGGACACUCUAACACUGUACCUGGUCAUAGCCUUGGCAUCUGUGUCUUCUCUCUUCCUCUUGUCUGUGCUGCUGUUCGUGGGGGUGAGGCUGUGCAAGAAGGCCAGGGCAGCUUCUCUGGGUGGCUGCUCUGUGCCCGAGGGCCACUUUCCUGGCCACCUGGUGGACGUUACCGGCACUGGAACCCUGUCCCAGAACUACCAGUAUGAGGUGUGUUUGACAGGAAGUACUGGAACAAACGAGUUCAAAUUCCUGAAGCCAGUCAUGCCCAGUCUUCAACUCCAGGACCCCGAUUCUAAUAUGCUGGUAAAGGAGAACUUUCGGAAUAGCCUGGGUUUUAAUAUUCAAUAAAAAUUUCCUUUAAACUUUUAUUAUUUUCUUUCUACUGACAAAUUGCAAAGGCUUGCUUUUUUUUUUUUUCUUAAUCUGUAUUGGAUUUAAGGUCUUCCUGACGUUGCAUGCAUUUUCAUAUCACGUGUUUUUCUCAGAGUUACUUUGAAAAUCUUUACUGGGAUUAGAGUGAUGCAAAGAAACACGUUUUGUUUUGUUUAUUUUCUUGAAGUGUUGUGUUAACGGGUCUGCUGUUUCUUAUAUAAGACCCAGCAAUGGAAAUGCUGAUUUAAAUAUUUAGGAUGGACGUGUUGAGCUAGUGAUUGCUAUAAUUCUUCGGGGAGUCCGCAGCAAGCAGCCCUGAAUGGGAUCUACAGCAAAAGACAUGAAGGGGGGGAGGGAAGGAACUAAAAAGGGGCAAAUGUUACUAAAUAUGGAAUUUCCCAAUAUGCUAUUAAAACCCAACAAACAGAGAGUCUAAGUGUUGUUUUACCUGGUUAGAAACUGUAUUGGGAUCAUUUGCAGUAUUCUCUGUCAGAUUAUUUCAUCAGAAAAAAUAAUGUUCUUUAAACGCUGCCCCUCCAAAUCCAGUAGUAGAGGUCUUUGUUUCACAGUGUUUUCAAGAAUUGCUUUCUUAGAUCUCUGAUUUCUAAUGAAGCUUUCUAAUUAUCAAAAUAGCCUAGGUUUUGAUGUUGUUGUCUUUAAACACAUGUUUUCUUGGUUAAAAUUUGUGGUACUCUAUACCACUCACUACUAAAGCAGAUAAUAGUUCAUAAUCUUAUCUUAAGUAAAUAAUCUUAUAUCAGAAAAGAACAGGAUAAAAUCUUCCUAGGAAAUAAAAUAAAGAUUUUAAAAAUUUGUUUAUUUACUUA